ACCACACUACACUCCUUGUUAUGUAUAAUAUUUCUUCACAACAAUAAACGAUCCUUUUCUCAUAUAUUAUAUUAUAUGUGUAUAUAAUUAUUUUAAAAAAUAACGCUAUGUAAAUAUUUUUAACCUUAUAUUCAAUAAAGACAUCAUUCGCCCCAUGAAUAAUAUAAAUAAUCACCAAUCAGAUUAUCCAUCCCUAAAAGUGACAUUCAAAUUUUCAUUCAUUAUUGUUUGCUUUUUUAUAAUGGAACUGUCUCCUUUACUCAACUAGUUCAUUUUGGACGUAUAACAUCCUUACUACUAGUUUUAAGCUUAUAUAAUAAGAUGAUAAAAAGUGUUUGCUCAUCUCUUUCGUUUGAUUUCAAGUAGUAAUUUAGUAAUUUAUUUAUUUAGUAAUUUACUUUUCUAUUAUAAAAAAAAAACAAGGAGAAAAUAUUACUGACAUGCCAUAUAACACACACACCUUUAACGAUGAUUGGUCAACAACAACAAAAAAAAGGCAAUACAAUAUUAAGUCAAAUAGCAAGUUUGUAUUGGUAAAAAUGAUGAAAGUUUAUUCAGAGAUACUUUAAACAACGUUUAUCUAAUCUUUUUAUAAUCAGGACUGUUCAUCGGGAAUAUUACUGAUUUUUUUCAGAUUGUUUUCAUAAUUUUUAUUAUUAACCAGUCAACUGGGGAAAUUGUUUUCUUUUCAAAUAACUAUAAAGAAAUUGUUAACUAUAUACUAAUCAAAUCCUCUUUGAGAAGUUUCUAUGUGGUUAUACUCAAAUGAUUCAAUAUUUAUUUUCCAUGACAACAAUCACUUUUUUUUUGGAGUUUGAAUAAUAUCAGGAAUAAUUAAUGUGACUAGUAUAAUUUAUACAAAAAAAAUAUUAAAUGAGACCAUUCAUUGUUACCUAGUUACUACAGGUUAAGUAAUGAAAUUUUAAGGUGUCAUGAAUGAAAUUUAGUUUUGUAAAGACUAAACGGAAUGGAAUAUAAUAUACAAUAGUCUUUAAAAAAAAAUAUUGUAUUAGAAAAUGAUCCUAUAGUAGUACUCAUAUUGCAAUUAAAGUAACUUUUGAUGAUAGCUGGAAAAGUGAUCUAUUAAUGACUAGUGUUGAAUCUUAUCAUUUGUAAUAUUGAUGUAUUUUCAUGAUUUUCAAGAAACAAUAGUUACUAAUCUGUGUAGUAUAACAUCAUUAAAUUCAUCCAUAAUAUAUCAUAUUUUAUAACCAGAAGGAUUAGAUAUGAAUCUUCAAUGUAAGUGUAUUUUAUUGUUGUUAUUUUAGAUAAUAUGUUUAAUGAUAAUGUUCCCACUUAAAAUACGAAUUUCGAUGUAAAACAGACCUCGAUGUUCUUGUUAAAGUAACUAAAAGUCCAUAUGAAUUAAUUUAUAUUAUUAACUUCUAUCUCGUCCUAAUACAGGACUCUUUAGCAGUGAUCAUUAACAACUUCAUGAACGAUUGAACCUGAGAUAACCAGGUCUCAUGUUUGAAUCUUCAACUUCAGUCAUUCGGUGAGCCUUAUUUCUCAGCCGUCUUUCAAUGCUAUCCGAGACUAGCUUCCUCACAGCUAACAUGGUUGAAUUCCAUUCGUCAUGGGGUAUCACUGGGAUUUCUGAACUCAUCUCUCAAAAAUAGUCACUAUAUCACUAUUGAAUUAUCGUGAAGGUCUUGAUACAAUUGAUGAAGUCGGUAGUUCACCUUGUGAUCCAACUAUAAAUAAUCAACAUUCAUUUCAAUCUCAAUCUACUAAUCAAAUUGCUCAAACUGAAGAAUAUAUAAAUGAAGAUUCUAAUAAAGAAUAUUUUCAAUUAAUUGAUGGAAAUAUACAAAAUCAAUUGAAAUCAAUUAAUACUAAUGAAAAAAGUGGAAACUUAUCAAAAAUGAAUUACGAGAAGAAUUUCAAUAAAGAAUUCGACAGUGAUAGUAUGGAAUUUCAAAAAAAGAAUAAUACAGAUAAAACUAAUCGAUUGAAAAAAUAUCAUGAGACAUUUAAAAAUCAAUGUAAAACAUAUUUAAAACGUAUAAAAUUACCUUCAUGGUUAUCUAGACCAUUAUUAUGGAUUUAUACUCAUUUAAGUGGAGUAUUUACAUAUGGACUAUUUCUAUUAGCUAUUUAUGCAUGUAUUAUAUCUGUUAAAGCAAGUAUUGCCUUACCUCCACAAUGUCGAUUAAUUUCUGUAAUGAAAAGAAUAGAUAUAUCUUCAAAUACUUCUGAGAAUGAUACACAAUCUUCAGAGAGUAAAUUUGAAAAAGCACUUGAAUGUCGUCAUGGUGAAGCUUUGAGUAUACUUAUUUUCUAUGGUUUUGGUUUUAUGUUUGGAGAGAUAAUGGAGUUUCUACACUUACCUGGGCUACUAGGUAUGCUACUUGGAGGAUUGUUUCUGAGAAAUAUUGGCGGACUUUUGAUUCCGGAACAGAUUUACCACCCAGGUCAACUACCAAGUGGAAGUGUUCCUUAUGGAUACAAUGCUAGUUUAUCGAAUUCCACUUCUUACAAUGAGGAAGAAUAUCCUUUUAAUAUAACCGAUCCACGUACUCAGUUUGCUGCUCUUUUAUUGGUAAAUCCAGUUUUAUCUGGAGUUUUAAGACAACUUGCUUUGACUACAAUUCUGACACGGGCUGGUUUGGGUCUUGAUCCUCAAGCAUUGAAACAAGUAUGUGGUAGUGUAUUUCGUCUUGCAUUCAUACCAUGUCUUACAGAAGCUACAUCUUUGAUGCUAUUUAGCCGUUUUUUGAUUGGAUGGCCUUGGUCAUGGGGAGCUAUAUUAGGAUUCGUUUGUGCAGCUGUAUCACCAGCUGUGAUAGUGCCAAAUAUGAUGCGCUUAGAAGUUACUGGGUGGGGUGUAGCUGAAGGUAUACCUACUCUUGUUGUUGCUGCUUCCAGUUUAGAUGAUGUUGUUGCGAUUACUGGAUUUGGUGUUGCUCUUGGUGUAGCUUUAUCUACAGAAAAAAGUUUAGUAAAUACAUUAUUUUGGGGACCACUCGAAGCAAUUAUAGGUGCUUCAUUUGGAGCAGCAGUGGGAAUAUUAUUACUUUUCUUUCCUCCACCAAAACUCGAGCAUUCCCAUUUCAUUCGAGGUAUACUUCUGGUGUGCUUUGCAAUAACUGGGCUAAUCGGCUCGGUCGCAAUACAUUUGCCAGGUGGGGGUGCAUUGUCUUGUUUAACUUUAGCUUUUAUUGUGGCAACUGGUUGGCGGCGCGGAUUUCCAUGGCGUUUAACUCAGUCACCAAGUAUACCAACGGAAUCAUUAUCAAAUAAUCCACAAAACGCACACUAUGAAAAUUCAAACUAUCUAGCAAAACCGCAAACAGAUAAACAUAAUGUGUCUUCGUCAAGAGAUUCUGUCCUUACUAAUGAAGAUUCUCAAGAAAAUUUUACGACAAUCCCUUCGAAGCUUGAAUCUAUAGACGAAAAAUAUCAGCAUUCUGAUGAGGAUAUUGACUCCGAAAAUAUGACGAAGUAUCAGAAAGAUCUGAACAACCCAAACAUACUUGAAUCAUUGGUUGAAUUUCAUCCCUACUAUUGCUCAAUUUUGCGUCAGCAGUAUGGCCAGCAUUCAUCGGGUGAACAUAGUAACCGCAGCAGUCUCCGUAAUCGCCUCGCAUCUGAUGGUGACAGAAAACGAGGAGAUCUUCCAUCUUUAGCAGUUGCAGUAGCAGCUACCGGUAAUGAGAAACAAGUAGAGGGAUCUUUGGCCAAACAACCUCAACAGAAUAGUUACCAGCAACAGACUCAGCAAACAUCAACAAUCACUUUUCAAAAACCAAAAGGAUCUCGAAGAUUCAGUCUACCUGAACCCACUGCUCACUACGAACUGGAAUCAUUUUCCGUGUCUCAGCAAUUUCGCCGAGGAAGGAGUCCAUCUAAUGCAAACGCUUUACGUCAUAUGAACAGGUCGAGGCGCCGAAUUCUUGCACCGUUUCCGGAUCAGUACUCACCAUUUUACAACAAUCAGCCAGUUGAAAAAGUUGAAGAAGUUGAAGAAAAUGAUGAAUGUUCAUCUAACGAAACAGAAAGACCAGAUGAUGAUCAAGACGAUAACAAUUUUGAUGGUUUAAAUCAUCAAGAACAACCUUUCGGCGAUGUUGUUGUUCCAGCUACACCUGUUGAACGUGGAUUGGCUUGUUUGAAUUCGAUGAGAAGAACUAUGGCAGUCACAUGGUGGUUUGUUCAACCUAUUCUGUUCUCUUUAAUCGGAUCCGAAGUAGACAUACUACAUAUGCCUGGUGGUUCAACUGGACGUGGAAUCGGUGCAUUCUUACUUGCUCUAGUCGCUCGUUUAUUAGCAACAAUGGUGGCUGUUUUACCGUCAAAGUUAAAUAUGCGUGAACGUUUGUUCAUAUCAUUCGCGUGGUUACCAAAAGCUACCGUACAAGCAGCUGUUGGACCAGUUGCAUUGGAUACAGCUAGACAAUUAAAUUCAAAUGCACAAAUAAUUGGUUGGGGGGAACAGGUUGUUACAUUAGCUGCUAUUUCAAUUCUAAUCACUGCUCCAUUAGGUGCUAUUUUAAUGCCACUUACUGCACCUUAUCUAUUACGUCAAGAUAUACAAUCUUCACAAGUAUUAAUAGAACGUACUAAUCCUAAACAUUCUCCUAAAUCUAAUUCUGCUCAAUUAACUAAUGUAUUGAAUAAAAAAAUACAAAAAUCAAAUCAAAAAAUAAAUAAUAAUAAUAAUAAUAGUAAACAAUCACAAUUGAAUACUGUACGUAAUACAAAAUUAUAAGUCAGUUAAACAGAACUUGAAUAUUUCAUUGUUUACAUUUACCUCUUUACUUUUCUGUUUAUGAGUGAAUAUAUUUUUGUUUUUUUUUCAUUAAAAAAAAUUAAAAAAAAAACGGAGAAAAGAAGAAAAGAUUUCACUCACAACUGAUUUUUACAAAUAAUAAUAAUAUAAAGUAGAUAUUAGUUGAAGAUGCAAAAAAAACAGAAAAAAAAACAAAAAAUAAACUUUUAAUUUGUAAUUUAUUUCAAAUAUAAAUUUCUAGUUGUAUUUUGUUUCUUUUUUUUCUGUUUUUCUUUUUUUUUUGUUUUUUUUGUUUUUUUCUUUUUGAUCAAUAAAAUUUAAAACAUAGCGGUACAAUUAAUUUGUUUGAAAAGCAAACAAACAAAACAAGCGAAACGUAUUACUCUAUAGAAUCUUUUUUUUAAUUGUACAGUUUCAUGAUUUCUUAAUGACAUUCUCUUUCAUAGAAACCUAUCUUAUUUAAUUUUAUUAAAUCAAUUAAUGAUUUCAUUACAGAUCUAUUCAUUCAUUUAUUCCCUUUAUUAAAUUCAUUUUAAAGUUUGAUUAUUGUUUGCAUGGUAACAUAUAGAAAAUAGUAAUAGUUAUGUAGUAUUAUAAAAUUCAUUUAUAUAUAUAUAUAUAUAU